GAACGCGCAACUGUUGUGUGUUCGACGCGACAUCAACUAAUCAGAGACGCUCAGACGUCGUAAACGUGGCUUUAUAAGCCUGUUCCGCAGAAGCAACAUUCAGACGUCCUCUGAAGUGAGCAGCAUUUGGUUGGCAGGCUUCGCAUCCAAAAAAUACAUUCGCAGUCAUGGAACUAACGAAAUUGGUUGCUGUAGUCGCUUUUCUGGCGUCUUCUUCGGCAGCGAUGGUCUACAGGAGGGAUGCUCAAUGUGAUUUCACGGACGUCAACAUAGACGACGAAGUAUUUUCCAGGCUAAUCGCCAGGCUUCCCGAGAGUGUGGAGUCUGGUCCACAGGGUUACCGCACAUUGUUUCCUGGACUUGAAGUCGGUGGACAAAUCUUUGAAGGCCUCAACAAAUUGCGCCAGUUUGGGCCUGCCAUCCCCUAUUGCACCAGAGGAAAUCGCAUGGUGCAGGUCGACUUCUUCAGUGAUGGCGAUGCGCAGUCCUGGUCACCAUGGAAGACUUGCUCGGGAGAUGAAGGACGCGUCACGGUUCGCGCCAUGUUCACGCGGUUCACCUUCCAGUUCCGCAUCGUCGACUCCACUGCUGAGGGCGUCAAGCUGGAAUUAGAUCGUUUACUGCCCGUUGCAAUGCAAGGUGUCCGCAUCGAGGUCGAAGGAGCUGGACGUGGGGUUCGCGGCGCAUUCGAAGUUUUGAGCUAUCUCAUACCAAGUUUUGCGGAAGAAGUUUGGACCAAGGAAUUUUUCCGAAAUGUUAACAAGGGCUUCCGCAUGAUCAAUGAGUGAAAUGUGCCCAAAGAAAAAAAAAUAUUGUUACAACGUGAAAAUUUUACUUAAGCCCCUAAUGAACACCGCCGUGAGAUGGUCACUUUUCGUGCGCUUCUUGUUAUUCCAAGAAAGUGAAUAAAAUUAUGUACACCUAGCAAGUGCUUGUAAGUGGGUUCUUAUAGGAAUGUCGUGUCAUGUUUGCGUCAUUUAUGUUAAAGGCGUACCUUAUUAACCGACUGCUCACGUUCACUUGCUCACUGACGAUAGAGCAAUGUAU